AUGUCUUCUCAAAACAAUACCCUUAAAACUGCAGGGGAAGUGGCUCUAAUGACUAUCUUUCUUUUUCAGGUUUGGGUUGGUACUCUGGCCAAUGUCAUGGUGUUCUUUCAAAAUAUAUCUCCAAUCUUGUUUGGCCUUAGACUGAGACCCAUACAGGUGAUUCUCACUCACCUGGCUGUGGCUAACUCCUUGGUUCUUCUCUCUAUUGGAAUUCCCCACAUGAUGGUGGCUUUUGUUCUAAGGAACCCCCUGUCCAGUCUUGGUUGCAAACUUGUCUAUUACAUCCACCUAGUGGCUCGUGGCACCACCCUGUGCUCAACUUGUGUCUUGAGCAUCUGUCGUUUUCUCACUCUCAUCCCUGGGAGACCAGACAGGCUGAUAUUCAGGGGAAGAACCCCCAAGGCCAUGGGUCCAUCCUGCUGGAUGUUCAGUGCCUUAAUGAAUAUCUAUGUUCCCAUGAGAGUCACUGGUCCACAGGGCACACACAAUGGUACUGAUACUGAAGGCAAGUGGUUCUGCUCAUCUUUGAGUAUUGGUGUGAGCAUGGUCUUCUUACAGUCAGGCCAUGAUGUCAUAUUUAUUGGCCUCAUGGUCUGGGCCAGUGGCUCGAUGAUAUUUAUCCUACAGAGACACCACCAGAAAGUACAGCAUAUUCACACCACCAACCACUACCACAAAUGCUCCCCAGAGACCAGAGCCACUCACACCAUACUUAUGCAGGUGGUCACAUUUGUCAGCUUUUAUAUUCUGCAUUCCAUUUAUGCUUUUUAUAUCAUUGCUUUUGUGGACUCUCAUCUAUGUGUGUUACAUGUCACUAAAAUAAUAACUUCAUGUUUUCCCUCUGUUUCCCCUUUACUGUUAAUCUUUAGGAAUCCAAGGCCUUUUAGUUUCCGCUCUUGA